UUUAACUUCAAAAGUUGAGGUAAAACCAUGGAUCGAGUAUUAUUAUUAUUAUUUUGUUUUUUUGAAAAAAAUCCAGCAAUUUGCGAAAACAAACACCAUUUUGUUUUUGUCCUUAAAUUCUUUUUCUUUGAUGGGAAUUUCCACUUUUAUCAAAUUUUGCAGAAAACCAACGACUAAUCUCAUCAGAAAUUGAAUGGCGGGAGCUGCCGUACUGCCAACAUCACCAUCUCCCUUAAGAUUAUACUCACCUUCAUCUUCUCUUUCUGCAUCUUGUCACUCGUUAUCUCCCCCUUAUCUUCAACAGAGAAACCUCAGACUGACCAUUUGCCAUGCCAAGUUUGAUGGGUUGAUUGUAGAAGCAGCAGAAAGGAUGUAUAGAAUGAAUUUUGAAGGUGAUGAAUUGAUUGAGGAAGAGGUUGAAGAAGAGAGCGAUGACGAAGAGGAGAGUGAGAGCAGUUUUGAUUUGUUAAUUAGGUUUGUGCAGAGUAUGUUCAAGAAGGUUUCAAAGCGUGCUAGGAAAGCUACUCGUUCUAUACUGCCCGACGUCAUUUCUCCACAGCUUGUCUCUUUUGCAGUUGAUGGCUUUCUAAUUUUGGCUUCACUCUCGAUAUUGAAGGCAUUUCUUGAGGUGGUUUGCACACUUGGUGGUGCUGUCUUUGUAGCAAUUCUGUUAUUACGUGUGCUCUGGUCAGCUGUUUCCUACUUUCAGUCUACUGGUUCAGAUUUUAGCAGGGGUGGAAGUUCAUAUGGCAGAACACAACCCGUUGCAUGAUUAAGCCUAGUCACAUAUCUUUCAUCUGGUUAUCAUCAACGGUCUAUCAUUGAUUUGUUAAAAAACAAAAGCUGCUAUUAGCAUUAAAAAUGUUCUGUAUGUAAUAGUGACUUUAUUUGACAAUAUAAAUUUAACAUGUUUCAAGAUUUUGGCAGAUUUUAUAGGUAGUAGCUUCAAUUUAGGAUUGGCACAUAUUUUCAAAUGACCGCGAAAUGACUGAUGAUGAAGCUGUAGUUUUGUUUCC